AUUGGAGAUUUUCUGUAGUUGCUGGGUGCUGGGAGUAGAGUGCUGUAGUUUCACUUAAGAGGGAAACUGACCGGGAAAGGGCCUCUGCAGUUUUGCUGGUUUCUCUAUUUGAUUUUUACAUUUUUUUUCCAACAAGUCCUAGAGCAAUUCAAAGUUAGUAACAUCAACAAAAAUUGUAGUUCACGUUUUUUUUUCUUUUAGUCCCCUUUUUUUGUUUUUCUUGUCAACGGAGCGGAUUUAAGUUUUUCAAGAUGCCGGUUUUUCACACCAAGACCAUAGAGAGUAUCCUGGAGCCUGUGGCUCAGCAGAUAUCCCAUCUGGUGAUAAUGCACGAAGAAGGGGAGGUGGAUGGAAAAGCAAUUCCAGACCUAACGGGACCCGUGGCCGCAGUGCAAGCGGCUGUCAGCAACCUCGUCAGGGUUGGAAAAGAGACUGUUCAGACGACAGAGGACCAGAUCAUGAAAAGGGACAUGCCGCCUGCUUUUAUUAAGGUGGAGAAUGCAUGUACUAAACUAGUUCAGGCAGCCCAAAUGCUGAAAGCCGAUCCUUAUUCAGUGCCGGCACGGGAUUACCUGAUAGAUGGAUCAAGGGGGAUUCUUUCGGGGACUUCAGAUCUGCUUUUGACCUUUGAUGAAGCAGAGGUUCGAAAAAUCAUCCGUGUCUGUAAGGGCAUUUUGGAAUAUUUAACAGUGGCAGAGGUUGUUGAGACAAUGGAAGACCUAGUAACUUACACUAAAAAUCUGGGACCGGGUAUGACAAAAAUGGCAAAAAUGAUUGAUGAGCGACAGCAGGAGUUAACGCAUCAAGAACACAGGGUGAUGUUGGUGAACUCUAUGAACACAGUGAAGGAACUGCUUCCUGUGUUGAUCUCAGCAAUUAAAAUCUACGUAACAACAAAAAGUUCCAAAAGUCAAGGAAUUGAAGAGGCUCUGAAGAAUCGUAAUUUUACUGUGGAAAAGAUGAGUGCAGAGAUCAAUGAGAUUAUCCGUGUGCUGCAGCUUACUUCCUGGGAUGAAGAUGCUUGGGCAAACAAAAAGGACACUGAAGCAAUGAAGAGAGCUUUGGCUUUAAUUGAUUCUAAAAUUAAUCAGGCAAAAGGAUGGUUAAGAGACCCUAAUGCACAACCAGGUGAUGCCGGAGAACAAGCUAUUAGACAAAUACUCGAUGAAGCUGGAAAAGUUGGAGAGUUGUGUGCUGGAAAGGAGAGAAGGGACAUCCUGGGAACAGCAAAGACACUUGGUCAGAUGACAGAUCAAGUAGCUGAAAUGCGGGCUAGGGGUCAAGGUGGUAGUCCUGGUGCUUUACAGAAAGCAGCACAGGUUUCCCAGGGCCUGGACCUACUCACUGCAAAAGUAGGUAAUGCAGCCCAAAAGCUGGAGGCUAUGACCAACUCCAAGCAAGCAAUUGCCAAGAAGAUUGAUGCUGCACAGAAUUGGCUUGCAGACCCUAAUGGUGGCCCUGAGGGAGAAGAAAAUAUCCGUGGAAUCCUGGCAGAAGCAAAGAAAAUUGCAGACCUGUGUGAGGAUCCAAAAGAGAGAGAUGAUAUCCUGCGCUCUUUUGGAGAGAUUUCUGCACUGACAGCUAAACUAAAGGAUCUAAGGAGGCAAGGCAAAGGGGAUAGCCCAGAGGCCAGAGCCUUGGCCAAGCAGAUAGCCACAGCCUUACAGAAUCUACAGUCAAAGACCAACAAAGCUGUGGCCAACAGCAGGCCUGUGAAAGCAGCCGUUAACUUGGAAGGUAAAAUUGAACAAGCUCAACGCUGGAUAGACAAUCCCAAUAUUGAAGAUCGUGGUGUAGGUCAGGCUGCAAUACGUGGACUUGUGGCUGAAGGCAGAAGACUGGCAAAUGCCAUGAUGGGCCCUUAUCGUCAAGAACUCCUUGGAAAGUGUGACCGGGUGGAGCAGCUGACUGCUCAGCUGGCAGAACUGGCAGCUCGGGGUGAGGGUGAAGGGCCCCAAGCACGAGCAGUGACGGCUCAGCUGCAGGAGUCACUCAAGGAUUUGAAAUCAAAAAUGCAGGAAGCAAUGACUCAAGAGGUUUCUGAUAUCUUCAGUGAUACUACUACUCCAAUUAAAUUGCUGGCUGUGGCAGCAACAGCGCCCCCUGAUGCUCCAAACAGGGAAGAGGUGUUUGAUGAGCGGGCUGCCAACUUUGAGAAUCAUGCAGCUAAGCUUGGAGCUACAGCAGAGAAAGCAGCAGCUGUAGGAACUGCCAAUAAAAGUACAGUGGAGGGGAUCCAGGCAACAGUGAAAUCUGCCAGAGAAUUAACACCACAGGUUGUCUCUGCUGCUCGUAUUCUCCUGAGGAAUCCUGGCAAUCAGGCAGCCUAUGAGCAUUUUGAAACCAUGAAGAAUCAGUGGAUUGACAAUGUUGAAAAAAUGACUGGUUUGGUUGAUGAAGCCAUUGAUACAAAAUCCUUGCUGGAUGCCUCUGAAGAAGCCAUUAAGAAAGACAUUGAUAAAUGUAGAGUGGCCAUGGCCAAUGUUCAACCACAGAUGCUUGUUGCUGGGGCUACUAGCAUUGCCCGACGGGCUAAUCGAAUCCUGCUUGUUGCUAAACGUGAAGUUGAGAACUCGGAAGAUCCUAAAUUUCGUGAAGUGGUGAAGGCUGCGUCAGAUGAACUGAGCAAAACUAUUUCUCCCAUGGUAAUGGAUGCCAAAGCAGUAGCAGGGAAUAUCCAAGACCCAGGCCUCCAAAAAAGCUUCUUGGAAUCUGGAUACAGAAUUCUGGGAGCUGUAGCUAAAGUACGGGAGGCCUUCCAGCCCCAAGAGCCAGACUUCCCCCCUCCUCCACCUGACCUUGAUCAGCUUCAUGUGAGCGAUGAGCCUGCUCCACCCAAACCCCCACUUCCAGAGGGAGAGGUACCUCCUCCAAGACCUCCACCUCCAGAAGAAAAGGAUGAAGAGUUCCCUGAACAAAAAGCAGGUGAAAUGGUCAACCAGCCAAUGAUGGUUGCUGCCAGGCAGUUGCAUGAUGAAGCCAGGAAGUGGUCUAGCAAGCCCGAUGUGACUGAUGAGGGUAAUGAUGCUGCUGAGGCAGACGUAGAUAUAGAUGAGGAGGAUGAUGCCGAUGAUGUUGAGUUCACCCUCCCCUCUGACAAUGAAGAUGAUUACGAGCCUGAGCUGCUCUUAAUGCCAACCAAUCAGCCUGUUAAUCAGCCCAUGCUGGCCGCUGCUCAGUCUUUGCACCAGGAAGCACGAAAGUGGUCCAGUAAGGGUAAUGACAUCAUAGGUGCUGCCAAAAGAAUGGCUUUGCUGAUGGCCGAAAUGUCCCGGCUGGUGCGAGGUGGCAGUGGCAACAAGCGUGCUCUUAUUCAGUGUGCCAAAGACAUUGCCAAGGCUUCAGAUGAGGUCACCAGACUGGCCAAGGAGGUGGCCAAGCAGUGCACUGACAAGCGCAUCCGAACAAACCUUCUCCAGGUGAGUACUAUCCAGAAAUGGGAAGGACAGUUACCGAGGAGGCUGCAUUUUGUUUGUUUUACCCCUUUCAUUUGACAUUCUCUUGGGGUU